GGAUCUACUGGAGUGGAACAAGAGGAUCUGCUUCAACAGGAUGGCGAAACAACAGGAACUGGAGCUGCUCCUGCUUCGUCGUCGUCCUCGUGGGUGGACUCGUGGCGCCACGACGGAGAGCGCGAACGCGCGGCAGCAUUUCAACGACGGCGUCCAAGGACUGGACCAGCCACAAGUCUGUCUCCAUGGGAUCGAGCUCAGCUUAUCGAAAACGGAUUUGCGGAUCCUGGACCAGGCAAAGCACCCGUGGCAAACAAUAGGCCGACUCGACGAGGGUCAGGGUCACCACCUCCACCGCCUUCUGGGAGGACUGGGAACGCUCCUCUUGCGGGACGAGGACGGGGAGGUACAAGUUCGAGUACACAUGGCGGAGGAGCAGGAGGAGGUUCUACAGGAGUUAUUCGCACGCAGCGCGCAAACCGAUUACAACACAGUCCACUGAUCGUUUCGACCACUGGUGCUGGUGUCGGUCACAAUAACGUUAGGGGGAUGGGAGGGAUGACGACAAGGAUACGUCGCGUGAUACUGUCUCCCGGAAGUGCCGAGGAGGAAGGAGUGGCGACAUCGUCAACUUUUGCGCAAGGCAGUCCUAUACAGGCGUCAGUGUGGGGAGGCGAAGGCGCUGCUCUUUUCGCGGACAACGAGUCGUGGGGGUUGCGAGGCCGCGCGCUCGAGGUACGUGGGCCCGAUGCAGAGGGAGCAGAGGCGAUUGAUUACCUGCAUAAGAACCGGACACUUUACAGCACGGCGGGUGUACUAGUUGGAGCAACAACAUUAGCCGGUGCUGCUGCUGGACACCAGAUUCAGUUCUUACGCGGCAAUGCAGCUAUUACCGAGCCGCGAAGUGCGACGGAUUCAGUACCCGGAGGAGCGCCUCAAGGCGUGUCGCCAGGAGCAAACGAAGGAGACGCGACAG